GCACCAACACCCGACCCGUACACUGCACCACUUUAAUAAGAUUUGGUAAAUUAGUCUAUGUGUAUUUGAAAUGGCUACAAGAGUCACUUUUUUGGCAAUGAUAAAAUACCAAUUUACGUAAAAUGUCAAAAGUUUACUGAAAAUACUGAAACAACGAAAGUUGAUAAAACAGGGGAGGUUGUAGUAGAAAGUUUAGAGAACGCCACAAGAAAGAUAAAGAGACAUACGGGGUAAACACUAUAUUUCCCACAACAUGGAAUAACAUUAUAUAUAUCCUCAGCAACAUUUAUAACAGCAGCAGCGAGAUAACAUAAAAGAUGAAAGUUGAUAACUUGCCCCGUACUGCGAGUCUCUGUGCCGGUGCUGCUCGACAAGCAGGAUGCUCAGCUCUUCAAUUUUAAAAGUAUAUCGCUGUGUUCGAGGGAGAUAUCCGGGUGCGCCAUGUAAUCAACUGCAGAGUAGAACCUUUUCAACUCCUCCACUGGGAACAGCAGAAGUCCUAGAUGCAGGCACACGCUUAGAGUUGAGUCACCCACGCUGGCCACAUACUCUAGCUCUAACUUAUCCCUGGCUGCGAGACCAUUGCCGCUGCCCCAAGUGCUACAACUAUAAGACAUUCCAAAGAAUUCAUGAUGUGUACAAGAUUCCUCUAAACAUUCGCCCUGCUUCAGUCAAGACAAGCAAGGAUGGGGUGGUGAUAGAGUGGCCUGACGGUCACAAAUCACAAUAUGAUUACAAGUUCCUGUGGCAGAACUCCUUUGAGGGCAAAAGAACUUCUUUCAAGGAGCAACGUGUCUUGUGGACUGCCGCUAAAUUCCCCAAAGAACCAUUGACUACAGUACCACUGAGUGAACUUACUAAACCAGACAAAGAAGGCUUGAAAAAGCUGAUUUCCUCUAUUAUGAAAUAUGGCUUUGGCUUCAUUUCGGAGGUACCAGCAGAUGUGGAGUCAACACGUGCAGCUGUAGAACAAAUAUGUCCAUUAAAAAAGACCUUCUAUGGAGAAGCAUGGGCAAUGGAAGCAAACAUGGAAUAUGCUGAUACAGCAUACUCUAAAGAAAGAUUGGGAGCUCAUACUGAUACAACCUAUUUUUCCCAAGCCUGUAGGAUCCAAGUAUUUCACUGCUUCCUUGCAGCAGACCAGGGUGGGGAAAAUUUACUUGUGGAUGGCUUUAGUGUAGCGAAGCAGUUUCGAGACCGACAUCCUGAAGGGUACAAAUUCUUAUCAGAAACAGCAAUACCAUCUGAAUAUAUAGACGAAGGAAGACACCACUUAUCUUUAGACACGAUCUUCAAGCAUAAUCCUGCAACUGGUCGGAUUAAGCAGUUCAGGUACAAUAUAUAUGACAGGGCACCUCUCUCAUCCAUUCCUCUUGAACACAUGCAAGAAUUCUACUUGCACUUAAGAAACCUUACCAGCAUUAUCCGAAAUCCAAAGAAUGAAUAUUGGAUAAAGUUAGAGCCAGGUAAGAAUUGCUGA